UAUUUUAAAUAAUGAAGAAGAUGAACAUGAAGAGUAUUAGUUUGAUUUUUAUUAAUUUGAUGAAGCUUCUACUAAUGGGGUAUCUAUCAUCAUCACUAUUAGUUAUUGCUUCCUUUUGUGAUGAUCUUGCUUUUGCUCCUGUUCCUGCUCCUGCUCCUAUACCUUAUGAUUUCUUCUACUUCGUCCAAACGUGGCCGGGUUCAUUCGGUCCGAAAAUGGAUAAGAAAAAGGUGCCUAAUAACUUUACGAUUCAUGGUCUUUGGCCACAACGCAUAAAUGAGCGGAUGCCCGACUGUCCUACAACACCCAACUUUCAACCAAAGUUGACCAGCGAUUGUACGCGCGACGAAUUGAAUAGGCAAUGGGUGGCACUAAGUCGAAGAGAUAAUAAGGAAUUUUGGAAGCACGAGUGGGAAAAACAUGGAACUUGUUCAAAUGAUCAAUUUAACCAAGUUCAAUAUUUAGAUACAAGUCUUCGCCUGAAACGCCAGUACGAUAUUCUCAAAAUUCUUGAUGCUAAAGAUAUAAAGCCAGGACCUAAUAAAGGUUACGACGUAUCGACUAUAAAAGCAGCUAUAAAGGAGAAAAUUGGGUACGAUCCAAUAGUGAGAUGCGUGAAGGAGAAGGAGAAGGAGAAGGAGAAGGAGAAGUUGUAUGAGAUUUUCUUGUGUGUGGCUAAAGAUGGAAGCAAGUUUGAGGAGUGUAAAACAUCAAAAGAAGAUAUUCCAAUUCCAAUAGAGGAGGAGGAGGAGUAUAUAGCUUUUACAUGCCAAGAUAAUGGUCAGAUAAUUUUUCCUAAGAUUAUUUGGGAGGAGGAUAACUACUGCAAAAUGAUGAUCAUGAAAUAAUAAUAAUAAUUAAGAAACAUAAAAACGAGUACUAUAUAUUACUACUACUGUUGUUGUUAUACCUAAUAAGCUAGACUUGUUAUAAAGUCCAGUCCAAUCAUGAAUAAUCAAUUAAUGUACUAUGAUAUGUGUGUGUUUGUUCGUAAUAAAUAAGCUCUCUUAC